AUGAACCUACAAGAACACUGCACUCCCAGAAUGCAGGCUUACUUGUUGGUCCUAGUAUCUCCAAAAGUAGAUUCAGAUGCAGAAUCUCAGUUAUCAGGCUCCUCCCCUGUGGAACCAUCUUCCAGAUUCGGUCCGGGGGACUCUCUCUAUGUUGAAGAGGCGUCUGUGGAUCAGGAGGUACAGUGGUCAUCCACUAAUAAGAAGAUUGGUGGUUUGAAUCCUAGCUCCUCCUGUCCAAAUGUCAAUGUGUCCUUGGGCAAGAUGCUUAACCCCAAAUUGCUAACGAUGGCUGUGCCAAUAGUGUAUGCACAGGAGGAGCAUGCAUCCUGCCUGUUAAACCAAAGAUACAAAGCCUACCACAAGUAUGAAUACCUGUACGAAGCUGAGUCCUUGAAUGCCGUCAAUGGUGCUUCACAUCUCAAGAAUGGACCGAAGGCCACAUGCAAGGUUGAAAUUGAAGUACCUCAGGCUUGUAGUUUCAACGUUCGCACCACUGGCUGUAGCCUGAGUGAGGUGGUUGACAUGGACACACAAGGCAACCCCGUGUUCAGUCCUGCACCCAGCUCUGAUGCCUUUGCCGCUGAAAUGGAGAGAUAUCCUCUGAAGGUUAUGGUUGAGGGUGUGUAUGGUGUAAAAUUGUAUCCUGAGGAUGGUGAGACAACAACCAUCCUGAACAUCAAGAGGGGUAUCAUCUCUGCCUUGGCUGUGCCUCUGCUGGAAGAAGACAAGAACAAGAAUAUGCCCACCAUCCAUGGCAUGUGCAAGACCUAUUACACCAUCAAUGCUAGAGAGGACAUUGCAACUGACAUCAGUCUCAACAGGGAUCUGUCCAGAUGUGACAAAUUUGUCCCAAUGAGAGAUCACACCAGCCCUCUGGCACUCAUCUCUGGCAUGCACUACCCUCUUGCCCAGCUGGUCAGAAGCUCCCAGACCUGCAACUACAAGUUUGACAAUGAGAAGAAACACAUGACCUCUGGCUCCUGCACUGAGAACCACAUCCUCAUUCCCUUCUCACACAAGGGAGAGUACGGUGUUACCAACACUGGAAAGCAAGAGCUGACCCUGGUUCAGGUUUCUCCUCACAACGACAGAGUCUUUGACCGAAGUAACAUUGCCAUGGGUCUUCACAUGGAAGCUGUUGAGGACAAAGCUCUUGUCCAGGAUAAAACCGCUUGUCUGGACCUCCUGAGAGAACUGGCCACUCUGCCUGAGACCCAGGGUGAGAGGAGGGCCCACCUCUUCCACAAGAUUGUCACCAUGGUCCGUGGAAUGAAGACUGAGACCCUGAGCCCUGCCAUUCCUGAGGCUCUUGCAGUGUCCCGUGUCCUGACCUACCAGGUUCUGGCUCAGUGUGGAACCCCUGAGUGCAGCAGUGCCAUCAUGCAGAUCCUCAGGACCUUUGACAGCUCAUCACUGGAGGUUGAUGCCACUGUUUUCGCUAUGGGACUUGUGUCCAAUCCCUCUGCCCUCCUGAUCAAUGACAUGCUUGAGAUGGCCAAAUACAAGAUCAGCAAGCCCAUCAUGUUUGCCCUGAGCAAUGUUGUCAAGAGGUUUUACAAAACUGAAGGGAAACUGAUCCCUGAGAUUUACUCUGUUGCUGAGUUCAUGGCAGCCCAGUUGGGAGACUGUUCUGGUGACAAAGACAACACUUUUAUGACACUGAGGGUUAUUGGAAACAUGGCUCCAGCUGUGGUACCUGCUAGUCCUGCACUCAGAGCUGCAGUGAUCCAAUGUGUGAACCAACCUGCAGCUUCCCUCGCUGUGCAGCAGGCUGCCAUCCAAGUGUACAGGCUGACUCCCGUGCCUGAAGAGGGCAGAGAGGUUCUCAUGCAGGUUCUCUUGGACAGUGCUAGCCCCAUGCAAAAGCGUAUUGCUGCAUAUCUGGUACUUAUGAAGGACCCCCAGCCAAGUGAACUGGCUCAGUUGACUGUUGCCUUGCCCAGUGAACAAGAUAGACAAGUCAGGAGCUUUGUGAUUUCCCACAUUACCAACAUUUUGUCCUCAACUGAGCCUGAGACCCAAGAGCUGAGACAGAAGAUUCGCGAUGCUCUGCAAGGUAAUAGGAUUGGUCCUAUCAUGGACCCCACCAAGUUUUCUCGCAACUACAAGGUUGGAUCUGUGGAAGGCAACAUGAUCUUUGAGGGCACCAGUUACCUGCCCAAGGAAGUCAUGCUUGAAAUGACUCUUAAGGCAUUUGGCUUUGACAUUGACAUGAUGGAGAUUGGUAUGGAGGGCAAAGGAUUUGAGCCAACUGUUGAUGCCCUGUUUGGAGAGAAUGGAUUCUUCCCCGACACUGCCCUGAAGACAAUGUACUUUGUGUCUGACAACAUGCCACUCAGAGUCAAUGAGAUCCUGCAGAACAUGCUGCCAGCUCUGAAGAAGUACACCAUGAAUAGACAGGCUUCACAGAACCUGAUGAGGGAAGUCGGACGCAACCUCAACAAACUGGUAAAGGAACUGAGCAGUGCACAGUCUCCAGAGGCCAUGGUGUAUUUGAGACUCUUAGGAAAUGAGCUUGGAUAUUUGAGGACCAAUGAAAUGGAGGAGAUGGCUUACUCUGCUGCCAUGAUGAUUGACAGCAUGUUCAAGAUGGUCCCUACAGAUCUAAUGAAGGAACUGAUGACUAAGGCGGACAACACAAUCUUUGCCCACUACAUCUUCAUGGACAAUGAAUUCUUCCUCCCUACUGUCACUGGUGUGCCUCUGAGGGUUGCACUGUCUGGUACAUUCACCCCUGGUAUCAAGGGAGGACUUAAGAUUGCUCGCCACAUGAGCGAAGUUGCCUUCAUGCCCUCUGCUGGCAUUGAGUUUGUAACUCAAGUUGGCUCCCACAUCCCUGAAUAUGUCAACUCUGGAUUAGAGAUGCACACCAACAUUUUCCACGAGAGUGGGCUCACUGCCAAAAUCUCCAUGGGACAGGACCAAGUCAAGUUGACUAUCCCUGCUCCAAUGACCCCUACCAAGCUCAUCAAAAUGACAAACAACCUGGUGGCAGUGACUGGAUCAGAGCUGAAAACAAUCCCUCCCAUGGUGAUGGACAAGGUUGAUGUUAGUGAGUGUACUCCCUUCUUCACUGGAAUGAAAUACUGCACUGCUCUGAAGUACACCGAUGCUUUCUCUCAAGAGACAGCCCCAUACUUCCCCUUCACCGGAGACAGCAAAUUUGCUGUGGAGCUCCACCCUACUGGUGAAGUCACUGAGUACACAGCCACCAUUGCCUAUGAGCUCCUCAGGGAGGGAGAAGAAGGCAGGCAGAAGGUUGACUCUGUGAAGUUUGUUCUGAGGGCUGAAGGUGUGGAGCCCACAGAAGCCAGAGCAAUCAUGAAAUAUAACAGAAGGAAGAAUGUCAUCACAGCUGACUUCCAGAUCCCUGACUACGAUGUGGAAGCUGGAUUCAGACUGGGUGUUGUUGACGGGAACACCAAGGGCAAAGGAACUCACUCCAUCUCUCUUGACCUGCUUAACAAGAACAUCCCUCAGCUCUCCUUGGUUGGCCGUGCCAGUCUGAAGGCCAUGAAGGAAGGUAUGCUGCAAGUCCAACUUCUUGUCCCCUCAAUCAACACUGACGCUACUUUCACGGCUAACCUGAAGCAUGAAGAAGAACUGGAAUUGGAGCUUGACAGUGACAUCAAGGUCAUGGAUGCCAAGUCUAAGCAGAACAUUGCAAUGAAAUAUGAUGCCAGCAAGAUUGAGGUUGAGAUCAAGUCUGAUGUGAAUACUGAGACUACCAUCUUGCCAAAUAAUGAUGUAUUUGAGAAGUAUGGCAACCAACUUCUUGAUACACAGGUGGGCCAGACCGACAUGAAAGUCCGUCACAUCUUUAAGAAGUUUGUGGAGGCUGCAAACAACUACAUGGACAAGUAUGGUGAUGAUAUCCCUUACAUUCAGAACUUCAGAGUACCUGAGAUUUCCCUGCCAGAGACAUUGUUUAUGAAUACUGAGGCAAAGGCUGUCUACUACUUCAACAAUGAGCGCUUCACCAUUACUAUCCCUCUCCCACUUGGUGGAAAGUCAACAGAGGAGCUCAACUUCCCACCAGCUUUAACCACACCUCACGUGUCUCUGCCCCAAUUUGGACUGGAGAUCACAUCCAUGGAGAUUCCAAUCCCAGAGCUUUUUGUCCCUGAGAGCCUUACUCUGUCUGUUCCUCUUUUUGGCAAAGCUGAGCUUUCAACUCUGAUGAAGAGCAACCUAUAUGACAUGGAGGCCUCAAUGGCUGCCGGCAAAGAUGUUGUGGAAACACCUAGCUACUCAGCUAAGUUUGAUGUGAAAGGAACUUCCCCACUUGACAUUCUCUCAAUAAAGAUUGAAGGAUCUGGAAUGUUGGCCACCACUGAUUCCAUCAAGGCCCACGUGAAAAGCUCUUUGGCCCAUAAAUUUAUUGAAGCCAGUUUUAGUAUUGUUGAAGAUGCAACCAUCACAGACACAAUCAAUUUGAGAUCAAGCAGCAAGGUCGAAGCCACAAGUCCUUUCGGUCUCAACAUUGCACUGGAGCACAAUGGUAUGACUGGUGUCAACACUGAAGAAAUCACUGCCAAUAGCAAAUUUGAGGGAAUGUUCAAUGCAGGCCCCCUUUAUGGCAAGACCAUUUCAACCCAGUCGUUUAACAUCCUUCCAUUCAGGCCAGAAGCAAAGAUUGAUUCUUCUGUUCAGUUUGACACCACGAUUUUGAAGGCCCAGAACACAAUUGCAGCAACCCUUGUUAAUGGGGAACUCUCAGUUGUGUCCAACACCAAUGCCUUUGAGAACACCUUGACCCAUGUUGUUGAUCUUUCCUUCAAAGACAGCAAGCUGUCACUGAAAUGUGAUGCCAGUGCUCUUGCUCUUGGUAUGACAAUCCGCAACCAGGCUGAAGCCUCUGCUGGUGCAGGUGAAGUUGUCCUAAGAAUAGCGACAAAUGCAGACCACUCUGAAAACCGUGUUUACUCUCUGCUGACUGCCUCUCUUGAUGUCAAUGGUCUGGCUGUAAACAGUGAUGCCACUGUGAAGCUCCUUGAGAAUGAGGGUACCCACAAGAUAACUCUGACAAUGAACAAGGAUGGUUUGACCACAAGUGGAACAACCACCCUCCAGAGCCCCCUGUCCCUGGAAAACACCUUCAGUGCCGGGCUUGAUGCUUCAAGGGCUACCCUAUCCAUUACCAACAAGGCUGCAAUGCGUGACAUCAAGGUUGAUAAUGCCAACACUCUGACGAUUACUCUCUCUAGCCUUGACUUCAACUCAAAGGCUGAAGCCAUUGCUAGUGAGUAUGCCUCUUACACUCAUGAUAUCACCAUCGACCUGAAACCUUACACUGCUUCAGCCAAUGUUAAUAACAACUUUAAACUUCUGGCUGCCCACUUCAUGAAUGAGGCUAAACUGCAGGCAGAGCUUUACAGGAUGGAUGUGACUGGAAGCCUGAAAGCUAUCUAUGGAGAGGAAGAGAUCAAGCACACCUAUCAGGUUAACUAUGCUGAUAUGACCGCUAACGCAAAGUGUAGCACCAAUGGUAAACUCUUUGGAACCCACAUGAGCCACAACACUGAGCUUGAAAUGAUUGGUCUUGCUGCCAGGAUCACUAACGAUGCCCGCUUCAACUCUCAGCCAAUGCGCUUUGACCAUACCAUCCGUUGCAGCAUUGUUCCUUUUGAUUUCAACCUUGAUGCCAUCUUCAAUGCUGAUGGAGACAUGACCAUGUAUGGAAAGCACAGUGCCCAGCUCUACAGCAAGUUCCUCCUCAAAGCACAACCCCUGGCUUUUGCUAGCUCACAUGAAUGCAGAGCAUCUGCAACCCAGCAGUUUGAUAAUGGUUUUUCCCUUGAGACAAUGAUUGACAACAACUUGGAUACCAUUCUUUCACUUCAAGAGCAGAAGACCAAUUUUAGAAUAAAGUCUAAAAUGAAUGAGCACAUCUUCCAGCAGGACAUGAGUGUUUACAACACUGAUGAAAGAAUUGGAAUAGAAAUUUCUAGCACUGUCCUCACAAACAUUAUCAACACAGACUCCACAGAGAACCAGGAAUUCACUAUCUCUGGCUUUCUCAAGUAUGACAAGAGUACAAGUAGUCACAUAAUCCAGUUCCCUCUUACUGAAAGUCUUUCAGUUGUCUUAGAAAGCAUCAGCGUUUGUGUUGUGCAGUUUGCAGAGACACUGCAGGACUACAUUAACAAUGCAGAGAUAAGGGCUAAGCUUGAGGCUCUUACUCAGUAUGUAGAUGACAUCAUUCAUGUCAUCUCCAUGAAUGAUUUGGAAGCCUCUUUGAGGAAUCUGAAGGUUUCUGUUGAGAAACUGAUGGCUGAUCUGACUGUUUAUAUCCAACACUUUGCUGGUGUGAUUAUGGACAUUUUCGUUGGUGGCACCCUCCCUGAAACCUUAAUUCAGGAUAUCCAGUAUAAGCUUAGUGUUAUAAAUGAGGAGUAUGAUGUCAAGACUAUGGUUGUGUCUAUGAUUGAUUCCAUAAAGGAGAUGAUAGAGGCCAUUGACCUGGAAAAGCUGAGGGGCAGCAGCAUUGCAUUCCUGUAUGAUAUUGAUGCCAAGUACGAAAUCAGAUCUAAACUACAUACAAUAAUUAGUGAUGUGAAACAAAUAAUUGAAAACUUUGAUGUGCAGAAUUUUGCUGCUGAGUUGAAAAGAUACAUUUCAUCCAUCAAUGUCAAAGCUCACAUUGAACAUCUAGUGAGUCAGAUUCCCACAGAGAUUUUAAGUGAAAUGGCAGAUUACUUUAGGGAAAUAAUGCAGGACAUUGUUGGUAGACUCAACACAUUUAAUGCAGAGAUGAGAGUGUUGAUUGUACAGUUAGAGGCUGACAAAAAGGUUCAAGCCAUCCUGGAAAAAGUUGUAGAGCUCAUCAAGCAAUUCCAAAUUGAGGAAACCAUCGGGGCUGUAGCCAAAUUAGUGAAGGAUGCAGAUAUCCCCUCCAAAUUGAUGCAAGCCUUCCAGGAUGCUAUCAGCUACAUGAAAGCAACUGAGAUUAGAGGAAUAAUUACACAAAUGAAUCUAUAUCUUGGCGUCAUUGAACAGAAACUGAAAUCAUUUGAUUAUAAUGACUUUGUGGAUUAUGCCAAUCGAAUGAUUGCUAAUGUGAAUGAACUCAUCAGGUCUCUUGAAAUCCCCCAGAAACUUGAGGCAACAACAGAUUUUGUCAACUUUGUGAUUAGAAAAUCUCUGGAACAACUAAGAGAAAUCAAAAUUGUAGAAUUUAUGAGAACUGUAAAGGAUAUUGUUGACAAUGUUGUGUUUAAUAAUCUGGAGGGAUUGAUUGAAAAUAUAAAGCAGGGAAUUACAAAACUGGAUGUCAGAGCUGAGAUAAACUCCUAUCUGCAGUUGGCAAGCAAGUUCAUUACCAUCAUCUCUGAUAUGUUUACUAAUAUGGUUGAGAUGAUUAAGAGGGUCGCUCCUGAGCAAAAGAUCAUCAGUGAGAUUAAGCAGAUCACUGAGGGGCUCUUUGCUGGUUUUAAGAAAACUGAGCUCAACACACCAUCAUUCACCAUCCCUCUCACUGAUUUUGUUGUGCCUCGCAUGAAGAUCAGCAUGGAUGAGCUUCAACAGUUUGAAAUUCCAACACAGCUGGACAUUCCUGAGUUCACCAUUUUGGGCUUCCACACAGUGCAAGCCAGCACCAUCUCAGUUGAUGAUAUUAAACAGAUAAUCAUCGACUUGAUUGAUUUAAUUAUUAACAUUGAGGCGAAACUGUUUUAUAUGGGUGCUUCAUUUGGGGACCUGAGUAUGACCUACCUUGCUGCACUGCCUGAGGUUUCACUUCCUGAAAUUACAGUACCUGAGUUAUCUUUCCCCACCCUGCCUGCUGUUCCAGCAGAGAAACUUAUUAAGACUCUCCAGCUCCCAACAUUUAAUCUGCCAGUCAUUCCUCGUGAGAUUAGGAUUCCAGGAUUUGGUAAAUUGAGGUUUGAGAUAAAAGUCAACUCCCCCCUCUACAUUAUUAGGAAUGCUGCUGAGGUCCAGAGUUCAUUUGAUGAUGAUACUUCCCAGCUGACAGCUUUUCUGACAUCCCAAGGGACAUCUCUUAACUUUGAGAGCCUUAACUUUAAUCUGGAUUCCACUGCUCGCAUUUCUCUUCCCAUAGGCGGUCGUGUGAUUGCUGCUGAAACCUUUAAAUUCACCCACGCUUUUCUUGCUGUGGAUCACGAUGUGUCUGUGACAGUCUAUGACUUUUCAGCCCAGGCCUCAGCCAAGACCUUAGUAAAGGCCACCACAGCAGCCUACAAUGCUGAGCUUUUAAACGAAGCUUUCUUAGUUACCAAGGGUGGUUUAUCUGCUACUACUGACACUUCCUACAAACAUGUGCUCAACCUCCCCACCAUUGGCCUCACUGGUGAGACAUCUGUGAUUCAAAAAGUAAUGGCCCGCCAGGAAGGUACCACUAUUACACUAACUGUUGGCAAUCAGGGCACUUCUGCCUUCAACUCUCAUGACAGUACCCACAAGAGUGAUCUGCAAGUCAUAGUCAAUCCAGCUACAGUCAAGUUGACCUUCAUUAGCGAUACCGAUACAUUCCUUCUGAGGAUGAAACAAACCCUGAGUGCUGACUAUGUCAUCUUCAGCAAUUUCAAGUUUGAUGUUCGCUCUGAAGCAGAAGGCCCUGCCGUCAAAAACAACCUUGUAGUUGGAUCAAUAAAUGCCGACCUUCAAGAAAUGAAGUUUGAGCUGAAGGCAACCCAUAACACAGAUUUAAUUGGAAUUGUUAAUGGAGCCUUCAACAAUGCCAUCGACAUUGCUGUUUGUCCCACUGAGGUUGCGUUCAGCUUUCAAAAUAAGGGAAACACAAAGUUAAAUUUCAAUGAUGUUUUUACUGCCAAAAUGGAUCUGCAGAAUGAUUACUUUGCAACCUUCAAGCCUGACACACACCAUAUGAACACUGUAGCUCUGGCUCGUCUCAAUCAGCACAAACUGUUCUGGAACUUGACUGUAGAGAACAAUGAGAGGGAGGCUGCUAUUUUUACUGCCAUAGAAGGAGAAGCAAACCUUGAUUUCUUAACUGGGCCUAUCAGCAUCCCUGAAAUUAAUAUUCCGUUUGUUGACUUCCAUACCCCGGCAAUUAGUGAUAUUGAUUUGUAUGACCAAACUGGGCUGAAAAACAUUUUGACUACCACUGAACAGAGUGUUAAUGUAGAUGUUAAAAUUGUUUACCAAAAAAGCCAAGCUGCACCCCUUGUUGAUAUAAUGGGUCUGAUCAACAUUGCCCCUAUGGGUAACAUGAUCACAGAACUGUCUUUCAAGUCCGCCAUCAUUAACCUAAAUGUCAAUGCUGGAUUGUAUGCUGAGGAUGAUCUGGUAUUCCGUCUGGGAGGUACCACCACUUCUGUAUUCGAGAGCCUAAAAGCCAAACUCGAUGGUACCACCAGUCUGACCACCAAGAGAGGAAUCAAGUUGGCCAAUUCCCUGUCCCUGGAAAAUCAUCACAUUGAAGGCACUCAUGACAGCACAGUCAGUAUGAGCACUGAAACUUUUGAAACUGCUGUCUCUGUGACUACUGUUGCUAAGAUUGCCCUCCCUAUACUCAACCUGGAAGCAAACCAAAAUCUGGUUGCAGACACUACAAGCAAAGCAAAUGCUGUCUCCACCUUGACAAUGAAGGGUGAUUUCAACAUCCCUGUGAUCAAAGCUGUUGGAAAUGUAGAGGCAGACCACAAUCUGAAGCUGGAAGGAACCUUUGAGGAUGUUUCCAUGGAGUCAACAACUAAGGCAAAGAUGGAUGGCACAGUGCUCGAAGACUAUGUAGUUUUGGGGGCCCUGGAUAAUGAGGUUAAUGUGUACAUGAAUAAUAUUGGCCUACGCUGCACCUCCAAGGUCAUUGCUGAUGCCAAACUUAACCAUGCCACCAUCCCAGUCAUUGUCAUGGAUAUAAAUGAGAACAUUGCUGUUGAAGCCUCCCUGAGCCGUGUAUAUGCAGUGCUGAAGUAUGCUGGCAAUAAUGAAGUAAACUUAUUCAAUUUCAACACCAAGGGGAAGCAUGUGGCCCAGGCUACCAUUGAUCUUGCACCAGUGUCUUCUUUGACUGCUGAUAUUGAAAUUGAUAUGUCUCAGCCAAGUGACCUGGGUGAUCUCACCAUCUAUGAGAAAACUGUUGCUGAAGUGACAGCCGCCAAGCAGAAGAUCUCUACAAUUACCAAGUUUGUCAGCCCACUGUACACCACAAACCAGCUAGCUGAGGUUGAAGGCAAUGCUCCAGUCUUCAAAGUCAUCUUCAAGUCCUCUGCCACCUCUGCUAUUGACUUCUUGAAUUAUGACCUGGACUCUUCCAUUACCAUUAAUUUUGAAGUAGCUGGAGUAAGCCUGACUGGGAAUGGGAUUUUCACCCAUACCGAUCUGACCAUGGACAUUCAACAUGCUUUUUCCCAUACUUUGAGUGCCUCCCGUGCCACCCUCAAUGUGGACAUCACCAGCCCUGCCUUCACAGAUGUUAACUUGCGUUGUGCUGCCCGCAAAGAUGGAAUCAGUUCUACAAUAUCUAUCCCCUCUGCUGGCUUGCUGGGUCUUCAGCUCAAUGGCAGGGUCCCAUCUCAGAUGAAUGCCAGGGUUUAUGGCCGUUAUGCUUCUGAUCCUGGAAAGGAUGUUGAGAUCUUCACCAUCAAAGCUUCUGCCAAGGAUGUGGAUAAAAUAAAUCUAAAGCUGUUCUUCAACAUGGAUGCUCCUAACAUCAUGCUCAGUGGACUACAAGAAAGACUUCCUGCUAUCACUUCAUGUUUGUCUAGCUAUGCUGAGAAACACCAGUUCUUCAGAUACACUGGUCAACUAAAGAUUAUUAUUAUUGACUACAUUGAGGAGGCCCACAGUAUAGCAAACAACCAUAGCCCACAUCUGAGCCAGGUGUCUAUCCUCUUUAGGAACACUGUUGUUCAGUACCAGAAGACUGUUCAAGUCUUCCUUGAUUCUGCCAUCAAGGUGCUGAGGGAGACCCAGGUGAAACUGCCUGGCUCUAAAGAGAUGAGCUCUCUCAUUGAGGUGGUCAAUAAGCUGACCAUCAGCAUUACUACUAUGGUACAGAAGGCGAUGCACAUGUUGGCUGUUAAUGUCGAAUAUACUUUCAAUGUUGCAUUUAACAUGAUCAGUAAAAUUAACGUCACAAUGCAUGUUGGUGAUGUUAUGGCUGGAGCUAAAAUAAUAGACCAGAUAAGAGACAGGGUAAAGAUGGUGCUUAAUCCUGUUGUGGAUUUUUUGAAACAAAUUGAGAGUGUAGACAUGCUUCUUGAGAAACUGGGUGACACCUUGAAAUUCUUUGUUGACCAAGCUCAGGACUUUGUUGACAACACCCUGAAGUCUGAUUUCCUUGGUGCCAUUGCUGGCUACAUGAAUGCUCUCUAUGACAAAUAUCUAAACUUAAUGAAAAUAAUCACCAACUAUGCAAACACAGCUGUCGACAUUGCAACUAUAAAUGGCACAAUUGAUUACAUUCUGGAAACUGUCAGAUCUGUAGUGAAUCAAUUUAACUACACCAUUACUGACCUUCUAAAGCAGGCUCCUGCUCACUACAGAUCUUACAUAAAAGUUCAGGGUAAAAGGCUUGAGAUUAGUCUUUGA